ACGUCAAAUAAGUACAUGCACUGGUUUUCUCCGGAGCCCGAACAACGGAACUUUAAAAAAAUGAAGUCACCAGCUCUUCACCCUAUACGGACCACCUCACAAAACAAGGUGUUGUUUCUGGAAACAGAGCAUCCCUUAAUCUGAUGUCAAGAGACUAGGCAAUUGUUUUCCUCAGCAGGACUCUGGGCUAGGGUUUCUCCUGGCCUUCAUAUCUGCGUAGAAAAAGGUGUUGGUGACUCUUCACUCCCAGAGAAAGAAGAAAAGCCAAGGGGAGCAUCCCAUCUUCAGGAGAGGAAGGGUGGAAAGGGUCAGAACACUGAAACCUGCUGGAGAGGGUUCAGAGACAGGGCCAGUGCUCUCCCGGGGCCAGUGCUCUCUAGGGGCCCAGCUGCGGAGACAAAGAAGGUGCCCAGCCGCCUCUGUAGGACGCCCCCCGGACGCAACCCAUGGUCAGCUCCAGCUGCUGCCUCCCUUCAGGACCCAGAGAUGCAGGCGGCGGGGCUGCUGUUGCUGGGGCUGGCUUGCACCGUGCACGGGCUCUGCUCGCCCUCCGUGUUCUACAGAGACUGCUGGGUCCGCCGCUUCCCAGGGCUGUCCCUGAACCUAGAGGAGUCUCAGAAGCUGGGGGCCCAGUUCCUCAAGUACUACUCGGAGAACACUGGCCAGAAGUGCAGCCGGAGCUGCUGCCUCAGGAAGGACGUGUCCUGUAACGUGGCUGUCUUCUUCCAUGAUCCCAUCCAUGACAAUGUCAACUGCCUCCAUGUCCACUGCCCAACCCUGGAGAGCUGCAUCCUGGAGCCGGGGACCAGCGCCAUUCUGUACAACAUAACAGCAGGCAUAGACCCAGAUUUGCUGGUUUUCGAGCAUUUAUCCCCCGCAUACCUAAACACCCGCUCCUCAUCUGAAUGGUGGGACAGAUUCCGGAUUCUGAAAGCUCUGAACCUAGGCGACGGAGGGUUACACACAGACAUGAUAGAGCACACGCUGCCGUCCCCAGAGGCUGCUGUGUCAACCAUACAUCAAGAUCUGGGUGCAAACCUGGGUAUCAGUCACCCCGGGGAGCCAACCUCGGAUCCGGGUGCAAACGCUGGUAUCAGUAAUUCCAUGCAGUCAAACACGGAUCCGGGUGCAAACGCUGGUAUCAGUAAUUCCAUGCAGUCAAACACGGAUCUGGAGAUGAGAUUUAUUUCUGUGAAUGUGCCCACGGCUGCCACAGUCAACACGGUGUCACCACGCACAGACUUCACCCGUGGUCCAGAUAACACGACUAUUUCUCCUUUCUUUGGACCCACAGACACAGAAGUUUCUCGGGUGCCCAGCCAGUCCCGACUCAACAUUAGCAAACCACUACUGAACAAAACCAAGGGGUCCCACGGCGGCAAUCACACGUCUGAGAAUGACGCACCUCAGGAUGGAGUUCGGGUGACUGCGGGGGCCUGGCUGGCUUCUGUGACCCUGGGUGCUGCCAUCGUCUGCCUCUGCUGCUGUGUGGUCAUCACCAGGGCAUCCAGAUACUGCCGAGAGCAGCAGGGCUGGUAUGGCCUGGGACAGCGGGGUCAGGGUAACUCUCCGAAAGGGAGUUCCUAAAGGCCUGCCGGAGCCAGGUUACAGGCUGUGGGCGUGUCAUCAGCUUUCUGCAAGAAAAAAGCGUUUUCA